UAUAUAGGAGUGAUUGGUGAUCACCAGGAGUAGUCCUGGAUGUGAGCACGUGUAGAGAUAAACAAAAAUAAAAUAUCGAGGUAUCAAUUGAGGAUGGUACAGUGGAUCGCAUCGAUACUCGUGCUCUCCAUGGCUGCGGCACUUCCACCGCCUUGGGUGCCGGAGAUGAACAGCACUCGGGCCUGUGAUAAGUACUACAGCAAUGGGGAAUGUUGGUUUGAGGACACACCGUUUAUGCAGGACUCGUGCUCGAGUCUGUCGGGCUUCAUGAUGCUGCUGCAGACUACGAUGAUGGCGAGGUGCGACAUUGCCGAUCCCUGCAGGAGAUAUGAAACUGACGAGAUUGAGGAGUACGAGGGCUUCGAUUUCAUAAUCGUCGGUGCUGGAGUAGCCGGCCCAGUAAUAGCUAGAAGACUGUCAGACCACGUGCCAUUUUGGAAGGUCCUCCUGAUCGAAGCAGGCCCCCCAGAGCCAACAAUGACAGCCUUUCCUGGCUUUGCCUUCAACGCCAUCAACACCACCCUGGACUGGAACUACAAAACCGAACCAACUCAGCCUCAUCCAACCGCUUGUCUAGAAACCAACGGCAUCUGCACCUGGCCCCGGGGUAAAAUGGUGUCCGGUUCGGGUGGCCUCUACGGUAUGAUGUACGUGAGAGGACAUCCCGAGAUAUUCGACAGGUGGGCAAGAGCCGGCAACAAGGGCUGGUCCUACGACGAGAUCGAGCACUACUUCGAGCGCGCCGAGGAUGUCGAGGUACCUGGCAUGACAUCGGGCUUCAAUCGGCCCACAGGAGGUGAGAGGGGUCCCCUGAAGAUCAAGUAUUACGAUCAUCGACCUGCCUUCACCGAGGAGCUACUCAAGGCAGCUGGUGAAUUGGGCUACAAGACGUCUCCGUUAGCGGGUAAAGACAGCACUGGCUUCAUGAUUGCUCCCAUGAUCAUCGAAGAUGGAAUGCGCGGUACAACGUCUAGGCUCUACCUGAGACCAAUUGCCCACCGGCCCAACUUGAAGAUCCUGACUCACGCCCGAGUCACGAGGAUCAUACGACACAGCUGGGACGGUGCAGCACGAGGUGUUGAGCUGAUUGACAGAAGAGGCUUCAGGAAAGUCAUUCGUGCUGACAAGGAGAUCAUCCUGACCGCUGGUGCCAUCGGCUCCCCCCAGAUUCUCCUGAACUCGGGAAUUGGUCCUAAAGAGGAUCUGGACGAACUGGGGAUUCCCCUUUGGGAGCACCUGCUUGUCGGUCGCAAUCUCCACAAUCACGUGUCGUUUGGCAUCAAGAUGAGCAUCAAAGACACUCAUUAUGAGGAUAUAAAUGUGGAAGCUGUGGAGAAGUUCUUGCAUAAUCGCACUGGACCGCUCAGUAGUACUGGACUUACCCAGGUGACAGCCUUUUUGGAGAGCUCUCACACGACUCCUGGAGUACCUGAUAUUCAGGUGUUCUUCGAUGGCUUCAGCUCGAAGUGUCCCAUGCAUGGGGUGAAGGGCGAGUGCCCUGGAGGUAGUAUUGGAAAGUGCCCGACGAGGAGGGAAUUAGUCGCUAGACCUACUACUGUUAUUGUUAAGACACGAGGGGUGCUCAAGCUGAGGUCUAAAAAUCCAGUGGAUGCACCACUGCUGUAUCCUAAUUAUUUUACUGAUAAAGAUGAUCAAGAUCUCAGGGUGCUCAUGGAGGGUAUCAGAAAGGUCGAGGAGUUGGUCCAUACGCCCACCAUGAAGAAGUGGGACUUGAGGUUCGAGAAGACGAAUGCUGGGGUCUGCUCUAGAUAUCAUUUCGGAACAGACGCUUACUGGGAAUGCAUGAUUAGAACUCAAACAGGCCCAGAGAAUCACCAAGCAGGAACCUGCAAAAUGGGUCCAGCUUUUGAUCCAACAGCUGUGAUAGAUCCAGAGCUACGAGUUCAUGGAAUACCUAAUAUCAGAGUAGCGGAUGCUUCGAUAUACCCGGAUGUACCGAACGGUAAUCCCGCGGCUUCGAUAGUCAUGAUUGCGGAGAAAGCAGCUGAUAUGAUUAAACACACCUGGUCCUGGUUAUAGGAAAAUUAGUCAUCCAUAGAAAUUUAAAAUGUGAAUAAAGACUUGUUAAUUUUACUUCAUCGUAUUUUGAACAGAGGAAAAAAUGAAUAGAUGCUCAGGAUAGUCUCAUAGCUUGCGUGGACAACAUCAGGACUAUAAAUAAACUGUAUUGUCAUGAUAAGUAAACUAUAACUUUUUCAAUGGCGAUAAUGCGUAGGACACAAUGGACGUAAAUAAGUCGUUCAGUAACGCACACAUCGGAGGUGAUGUGGUACUGCCGGAGAUCGAAUGAAAAAUUUGUAUCAAUAAUUCAGUAGGAAAAGUAACGAGGAAAAUCGGAUCAAUGAUUUCUGAGAAUUCAGGAGGAACUAGACCAAGGGAAAUUGUUUGUAAUGAGUGAGAAAACCUGAAAUUUAUCAUGUCGUUUGUGUGGUAAAUGGAAGUUAUGAUUUGUCAAACAUUUUUAAACUAAUGUGACUCGAAUAAAAAUUUCAUGAAUUA